UGCUUAGCAAUAUUGCUUCUUUUGGAAGAAAAUGUUGCAGUUUGUCUUUUUGAGUUUGCUCUUUUUUUCUGCUAGCAUUCCAUUCACUGAGUCUUGCACUGAUGGCUCAGUUAGACUGACAAAUUCUAGUCUUUCAUAUGGAGCAGUUGAGGUUUGCUCUAAUGGAUGGGGAAGUAUAUGCAGUGAUUUUUGGGAUAAUAAUGAUGCCAGUGUAGUAUGCAAGCAACUAGGAUAUUCUUCUUAUGGUGCUAUAGGAUCUGUGGUAUCAUAUGUCAGUUCUAGUGCACAAUCACAUUCUAUCAUUGACUUAAACUGUACAGGAAAUGAAACCACUAUACUGUCUUGCCCACAUAAUGGUCUGGCUAGCUAUGCCUGUUCGAUUAACAGAGAUGCUAAUGUCUUUUGUCAACUUCUAAAUGAGGUGACACAAAGUGACUGUAUGGAUGGAGAUGUGCGUUUGUCUGGAGGAACAACACAAUAUGAAGGAAGAGUUGAAGUUUGCAUCAAUGAAGCUUGGAGUGCUGUCUGUGCAUAUAGUGGCUGGUCAUCUAGUUCAGCUAAAGUAGUCUGUAAACAGAUUGGGGCUCUAACACUAGGAUACUCUCAAGGAACUGUUGGCAGUUUAGGGUUCGCUCAAGGCAAUGGUCCUGUCCUAUUAGGCUACCUCUCCUGUUCAGGAGAUGAGACCAACCUCUUGUCUUGUAAUAAGAACUAUUAUCAAACUGUUAUAGUCUCUUCAUGUCAAUCUCAUCAAUAUGAUGCUGCUAUUAAGUGUGAAGCUCCUUGUACUAAUGACACAAUGAGAUUGAAUGGUGGUGGAGUUAGACAUGGCAGAAUUGAAGUGUGUAUUAAUGAAGUAUGGACUACUAUAUGCAGUGACUACUGGGACUAUGAAGAUGCUUCAGUUGCUUGUAGACAGUUGGGAUAUUCACCUUAUGGUGCUAUACCACUAACAAGUUAUUUUGCUGACUACGACUGGUCUUAUGGUAUUCUUGAUCCAAAUUGCACUGGCCUUGAGUCUAAUAUAUGGAACUGUUCUCAUAAUGAAGCCAUUGACUCUAAUACUUGCACUGGUUAUGAGGAUGCUGGAGUUAUUUGUCAAAGUGGUAAUAUUCAGCCAGUUAACUGUGAGACUGGAGACAUUAGACUGAUUAAUGGAACUACUAGUAAUGAAGGAAGACUGGAAGUAUGUGUAAACAGAGUAUGGGGUACAGUUUGUGGUGUUUCAUGGGGUUCUACUGAUAGCAGAGUUGCUUGCAGACAACUAGGACACCAAGAAUUAGGUUCAGUAAGUGGGUAUGGAUUGUAUGGUCAAGGAAGUGGACCAAUUGUUUUUGGUUACAUGUAUUGUAAUGGAAAUGAGGACACACUCUUUGAUUGCAAUAGAAAUGAACCAUCAGUUGCUUCAGGAACAUGUACCAGUCACUCUUAUGAUAUAGGACUGAGAUGUGAACCUAAAUGUGAAAGUGGCAGCAUUCGUCUUGGUAGUGGUACAUCAAGUUCUAAUGGUCGUGUUGAAGUAUGUGUUGAUAAAGCAUGGGGUACUAUUUGCAGUGAUUACUGGGAUAAUGAUGAUGCUAGUGUUGUGUGUAAACAACUUGGUUAUUCACCUUAUGGAGCUAUUGGUGCACCUGGCUCAGGUUCAAUUACAAACAAUAUCUGGCCUCAUCAUAUCAUUGAUGUGAAUUGCACUGGGAAUGAAAAAAACUUAUUUUCAUGUCCUUCUAAUGGGCUAACUGGAUACAACUGCCCUAAUAGUAAUUUCGCAAUUAUAUCAUGUCAAAAUAUUGGUACACUUAAAGUGGACUGUACAGAAGGUGAAGUGAGACUGGUUAAUGGUAACACACAGUAUGAAGGACGUGUAGAAAUAUGCAUCAAUAGAGUAUGGGGAACUGUAUGUAGUAGAAGAGACAAUAGAUGGAAUUGGUCGUGGUGGAAUUCCUGGGAUACACUUGACAGUAAUGUUGUGUGUAGGCAGGCAGGACACAUGGAGCUAGGAUCAGUUGCAUACACUAGAGCUAGUGUAUUUGGACAAGGCUCAGGUCCUAUACUGAUGUCUUCAAUUCAAUGUAGUGGACAGGAGUCACAUCUAAUUAACUGUUCCUAUUCUCCAAUAAUACCAUCAUACUGUUCACACACUUAUGAUGUUGGAGUCAAAUGUGAAGCUCCUUGUGCCAAUGAUACUGUUCGUCUAUACAGUGAUUCAGGUAGCUAUUUCAGGAGAUAUGGACGAGUUCAAGUGUGUGUAAAUAAUGUCUGGGGAACAAUUUGUGAUCACUUUUGGGAUGAAAAGGAUGCUAGUGUAGUGUGUAGAAUGCUUGGAUAUUCUCCCUAUGGUGCUUCUGCCUUAAGAGACUCAUAUACUGAAGGAACAUGGUAUAUUCACAUCAAUGAUCUUAACUGUACUGGGACAGAGUCUUCACUUUGGGACUGUCCUAUGAAUGGACUUAAUGAUUAUUCAUGUUAUCAUUAUGAUGAUGCUGCUGUUCUUUGUCAAUUGAUUGAUGUGGAGUAUUUUAAUUGUACUACUGGUGAAGUGAGAUUGGCUGAUGGUGCUACAGAGUAUGAAGGAAGAAUUGAAGUGUGUGAGAAUGGAGUUUGGGGCUCAGUUUGUACUAGGUCUUCAUCUAAUGUUAGGAAUGCUUACACUUUUUGCCAAGAAUUAGGAUAUCAAGGUGGUAUAGUACUUCCGAAUUCAAACUUUGGUGUUAGUAAUAAUCCAAUUUUUAUUUAUGAACUGUCUUGUGGUGCUUUUCAAUCAAAUCUAAGUAACUGUUACCAAAGAAAAUAUCCAUACUAUUAUGGUUGGUGGUGGUAUGCAUGUAACAAUUAUCAAGAAUUAAGCAUCAGAUGUGAAAAUCCUUGUGUUAACAAUAAAACAGAGCUAUAUGGUGGCCCUUCUAGUCGUCAUGGUAAUGUAAGAGUCUGUGUCAAUGGUUCAUGGGUUAUGGUGUGUGGAUAUGGUAAUACUGUCAUUGAUAAUAAUCUAGCUAGUGUUGUCUGUUCCAGCAUUGGAUACUCAGCACAUGGUAAAUGUGCUAGAGGUCUAUGGAAUAAUUAUAACUAUCCAUAUCAGUUUUAUAAUGUUCAGUGCUAUGGAAAUGAGAGCAGCUUAUUAGACUGUCAGUAUAAGACUACAGGAUCAUGUUCUAAUAUGUACAAUGGAGCAGUUGCUGUCUUUUGUCUGCUCAAUGAUGAUUAUAUUCCAGCUAACUGUACAGAUGGUGAUAUUAGACUUUAUGGUGGGUCUACACCUAACCAAGGAAUGCUUCAUGUAUGUAGCAAUGGAAUCUGGGGAACUGUGUGUAGUAAUAACUAUUGGAAUAGCAUUGAAACUGAUGUUGCUUGCUUUCAGUUGGGGUACUAUAGCUAUGGUAAUUCCUUCUCCAGAAAGACAACUGGUGGAAUGUUUCCAAUCAUUUAUUCUUCUUUCAAUUGUCAGGGUAAUGAAGUAACACUGUUGUCCUGUAGUUCUGGACUGCAUUCUAGUAUUCAGUAUUGUACUAACAAUGCCAUUGAAUUAAACUGUGAAGCAAAUUGUACAUCUGGUGACAUACGUUUUGUUGGUGGUGGAUACUAUUAUGGUCGUGUUGAAGUUUGUGUUGAAGGAAUAUGGGGGACUAUCUGCAGAGAUAGCUAUUGGGAUAAUAAUGAAGCUAGUGUUGUUUGUAGGCAGCUAGGAUUCUCUCCUUAUGGUUCAAUUGCUAUUACUUCAUCAUGGAAUAGUCAAGAGCGUGGAAUAACUUUUUUAACUGGCUUAAAUUGUAAUGGAACUGAAGACACAAUUUUUGAUUGUCAAGUUGAUACUAAUGCUCCUGUUUGUUCAUCUAAUUGGGCUGAUGCUAAUGUUGUUUGUCCAGCUCAUGGUAUUUCAACCUAUUCGAAUUGUACUGAUGGUGAUAUUAGAUUGGUUGGUGGUAGCACAGAAUAUGAAGGAAGAGUUGAAGUCUGCAUUAAUGAUGCAUGGGGAACGGUUUACAGUUCUUAUUACGAAGACUACUUUGCUCAGACAGUAUGCAAUGCAUUAGGUUUUACCUCUCCUGGUGCUAUGAAUAUGUAUGUUUAUAACACAAAAUUUGGUGAAGGAAGUGGUCCAAUAUUAAUGUAUGCAUACUGCUAUUUCUCAGGAAAUUCAUUGUUUGACUGUUACUCUUGGCCAUAUAGCAUUCCACACACUAGCCAUGAGUAUGAUGCUGGUGUAAGGUGUGAAACUCCUUGUGAAAAUGGUGACAUCAGACUAGUUGGUGGUUCUGAUCCAUUGAUAGGAAGAGUGGAGCUGUGUAUUAAUAAAACCUGGGGUACUAUAUGUGAUGAUUAUUGGGAUGACAAUGAUGCUAGUGUUGUGUGUAGACAAGUUGGAUUUUCUGGACAAGGGGCUAAAGCGAGAAGUAAUUUAUACACAGAAGGUCUCAAAUCAUUUCACAUUAUUGACUUAAACUGCAAUGGAGCCGAAGAAAAUGUGUUUAACUGUUCUCAUAAUCUUGUUCAGCAGUACAGCUGUAGUCACUAUGAAGAUGCAAGUGUACAAUGUACAGCCUCUAAUGCGACUACCAAUUGCACUACUGGUCAUGUUAGAUUAACAGGUGGUCAGUCCCAGUAUGUUGGUUUAGUUGAGAUAUGCUAUGGAGGAGUUUGGAAAUCAAUAUGUCCUAGAGGGUGGGAUAAUCGUGAGGCACAAGUUGUAUGUAGACAAUUAGGGUUUACUUCUAUUGGUGCUGAUUCUGUUAAUGUUGGAAAAGGUUUUGGUCUUAUACAUUCAUCAUAUUUUAGCUGCACCGGAAGUGAAGCUGCUCUACUAAACUGUAGUUAUUACACUUACUCCUGUGGCUAUUCAUACCAUGCUGGAGUUGAAUGUGAAUCUCCUUGUAUUGAGGGAGCUGUUCGUUUAGAAGGUGAUGAUAGGUAUAAAGAAUUUGGUCGAGUUGAAGUAUGUAUUGAUGGAACUUGGGGAACCAUUUGUGACAAUGGUUGGGAUAAUAAUGAUGCCAGUGUAGUAUGUAGAGAGCUGGGAUACUCUCCUUAUGGAGCUAUAGCUAAAACUUCAUAUUUUGAUGAGUCUUGGUUACCUUUUCAUAUUUACAGUGUGAAUUGUAGUGGUAAUGAAAGUAUACUGCUUAACUGUUCCUACUCAACUGCUGGAUCUUGCUACAGCCAUCAAGAUGCCGGCCUUAUUUGUCAAGACUUGGGUGUAACAUAUGAUAAUUGUACUGAUUAUGCAGUACGCUUAAUGGAUGGAGCAACUACAAGAGAAGGAAAACCUCAAAUAUGUCUUAAUAGGGUCUGGGGUGCAUUUUGCUAUGAAGAAAAUUACUACUCUUAUGGUGUGGAUGCUACCAUAAUUUGUAGGGAGCUUGGCUACAAUAAUGGAAUGGCGUUUGGGGGACUAUCUGUAACACUGGACUUUGAUGAUGCUGAUGCUAGUGUAGUUUGUGCUCAAUUAGGAUUCUCACGUUAUGGUGUUUUGCAUACUCCAGAUGAUCAUUAUUAUCAUUAUUAUAAUGGGCCUAUACAUUUUAAUUUAAACUGUAAUGGAACUGAAUCAAGUAUUUGGGAAUGUCCAGUCAAUAAUGCUACACAAAAUUGCUAUUAUGCUGCAUAUGUGAUUUGUCAGAUCAAUAAUGCUACUGUUGAUACUUCAUGUACAACUGGUGAUGUUAGAUUAGUUGGUGGUGUCAAUGAAUAUGAAGGAAGAGUUGAAAUAUGCUAUAAUCAAAUGUGGGGAAUUGUCUGUGACCAUGACUGGGAUACAAAUGAUGCUAAUGUUGUUUGCAAACAGCUUGGUCAUCAGAUGACAGGAUCAACAUCUGUGCGAGGCAGUUAUUAUGGACAAGGGCAAGCUCCAUUUUUAAUGAGAUAUUUAUACUGUUCCAGCAGUGACAGUUCACUAAUAGCUUGUGAUCGAUAUUUUGAUACUAGUAUUGCCAUUGAUUGUGGUGUGAAUAAUGCAGCCAGUGUUGUUUGUUUAGAAGCCUGUAGUGAUGGUGAUGUAAGAUUGAGUGGAUCAUCAGUGACAUAUGCUGGUCGUGUUGAACUGUGUGUUGAGAGAACAUGGACUACACUGUGUGAUCAAACAUGGGACUUUAAUGAUGCUGCAGUGACUUGUAGACAACUUGGAUACUCUUCAUAUGGUGCUAUACCAACAUACAAUUGCUAUACUGAGGGACAACUGUCAUUUGGUAUUACCAAUCUUGGUUGUACUGGCUCAGAAAAACAUAUUUUUAACUGCUCUCACAGUAGUCCAUAUUUAUAUAACUGCCAGUCACAUAAUGAUGCUGGCUUAAUUUGUCAAGUUACAGCAUCUGUGCAACAGUCUAAUUGUACUGAUGGUGAAAUAAGAUUGGUUGAUGGUAGUGGUCCUCAUGAAGGAAGAGUUGAAGUGUGUAUUAAUGAAGCAUGGGGUACUGUCUGUUCUAAUGGCUGGACUAAUACUGAUGCUAAUGUAGUCUGUAAACAAUUAGGAUAUCUACCAAUAGGUGGAAGAGCAAGAUCUGGUAGUAAUCAUUUUGGUCCAGGAGUUGGUCCAAUACUGAUGGCUAGUGUUGAUUGUACUGGUAAUGAGGAAUCAUUAAUAGAGUGUAGGACAAGAUCAUGUGAUGCUACUACUUGCUCUCAUUACAAUGAUGCCGGGGUCACCUGUGAACGUAACUGUACUGAUGGUGAGAUUAGAUUAGGUGAUGAUGCUGCCCUAAGGGGAAGAGUUGAAGUGUGUAUUAAUAACACAUGGACUACAAUCUGUGCUAGCUAUUGGACUGACAAAGAAGCUACUGUAAUUUGCUCUCAGCUAGGAUACUCACGUUAUGGUGCAGUGGCUACACAUGGUGUAUUCAUUGAUUAUGUGUGGCCUAUUGGUAUAUAUGAGCUAAACUGUACUGGAGAUGAAUCAGACAUAUGGAGGUGUAUGCAUCAAACAAAUGGUAAUAUGGAUGGACUUUAUUGCUCACAAGACACUGAUGCGUCAGUAUUCUGCAUGGCUAAUAAUACACAAUAUAUUAAUUGUACUAAUGGUGAUGUUAGACUUGUUGGAGGUGACGUAAUGAAUGAAGGCAAUGUACAAAUAUGCUACAAUAAUGCAUGGGGAUCAGUAUGUGAUAACCAAUGGGACUCUAGUGACAGUAAUGUGGUAUGCUAUCAAUUAGGACUACAACCUUUUGGAUCACAAUCUUUUACUAAUAACUAUUUCAGUGUCAGUGACAAUCCUUCAUUUGUGAUUGGAGCCUUAUCUUGUUCAGGAUCAGAGGAAUCAUUGUUAGAUUGUUCAAGGCACACAACUUCUGGCUCAUCAAUAAACUGUCAGAGUCAUGAAGUUGCUGGAGUUCACUGUAUUGGAAGCUGUACUCAUGGGUCUGUACGUUUGCAAGGAACUAGUAGUCAUCUUAUUGGUGAAGUUGAAGUGUGCAUUAGAGGAGUCUGGAGUACAGUGUGUGGAGAAGAUUGGGAUGACAAUGAUGCUACUGUAAUCUGCAGACAAUUAGGUUUCUCACCAUAUGGUUCUAUUGCAGUUAAUGGUUUAAUUAAAUACAGUGACUAUCCCAUGAGAUUGUUUGGUAGCCAGUGUCAGGGCAAUGAAAGUGGAAUUUUUGACUGUUUAAUAUACCAGACACAGGAAGUAUCAUAUGAACAAUGUGAACAACACAAAGCUGGAGUAGUUUGUCAAAUUUCACAAACUUCAUAUUCCAGUUGUACUACUGGUGAUAUUAGGCUGAUUGGUGGUACCGCUCCAAUUGAAGGAAGAGUUGAAGUAUGCAUUAACAAUGUUUGGGGAACUGUCUGUGAUGAUGGUUGGACUGUAGAAGAUUCUAAUGUAGCAUGUAAAAAGGCAGGAUAUCAAGGCUCUGGAUCAGUACCAGAUAACAGUUUCAGCUCUUGUUCAAGUAAUCUGCCUAUUCUGUUGACUAGAUUAGAAUGUACAGGGAUGGAAGACUCUUUGUUGGACUGUAAUAAAAACCUAUAUUAUCUUUCUAACUGUCGCAACUCUAUGCUAGCUGGAGUCAAGUGUGAAGAAUUAUGUACUGAUGGAGACAUUCGUAUUGUUGGUGAUACUAGUUCCCCUCCAUCAUAUGGUAGAGUUGAUUUAUGUGUUAAUGAGACAUGGAGUACAAUUUGUGACUCAUCAUGGACUAAUACUGAAGCUUCAGUUGUCUGUAAUCAAAAGGGAUUCUCUCCAUUUGGUGCUAUUGCUGUUUCUCAUGGUCCAAGCACUACAUCAAUACCAACUAAUGUUGUCUCUCUUAAUUGCACUGGAGAAGAACAUACAAUUCACAGCUGCAACAUUACAUAUGGUGGACUAGAAUCAAUCUGUGAAUCAAAUGAUGCUGGUGUCAUAUGCCAAGAAGCAAGUGGUAUUACUUAUGCUGAUUGUACUGCUGGUGCAAUUAGACUAGCUGCACCUGCUGGUUUUCCUAAGACACAAGGGAGAGUGGAAGUGUGUGUUAACAGAGCCUGGGGAAGUGUUUGUGAUGAUGGGUGGAGUACUAAUGAUGCAAAUGUGGUCUGUGAUCAACUAGGAUACUAUCCAUCAGGAGCAGUACCUCGUUAUGGUUCAUAUUACGGUCAAAGUCUUAAACCAGUCCUUGUAUCUGACCUUCAGUGUACUGGCUCUGAAUUCAGACUACUAGACUGCACUAGGGGAACUUACUCUGUCAAAAAUUGUGGAAGGCGUAAUGAAGCAGGAGUCAAGUGUCAAGGAUCAUUCCCAGUGUAUGCUAGUAGAACUAUUGGCAAAGUAUUUGGAGGAGAACAAGUGUUCAUUACAGGACCAGAUUUUAAGUCAGAGGACACAAUUAACUGUAUAUUUGGUGAUAUAGUGACAAAGGGUUACUAUAUCAGUGGAGAAAAGUGUCUAUGCAUAUCACCAGAGCAAUAUAAUGAUGGUCUUGUUGAACUAAUUAUUAAUAUAACGAGGGGACCUGCUGUGUUAACAGGAAGUACUAAAUAUAGAUACAUUGUUCCAUCUAUGAGUGACACUAUGGAAGAUAUUCAAAUAACAAGUUCCCAGACUGUGUUCAAAACUGGAGAAACAGUGAACAUCACAUGGACAUCAAACCACCUCACUGAAGAUAUUUUAUCAGGAGACAGUAUAGUUGAUAUUGCAAUGAGAUUAUAUAAUCCUGAUACAGAGACAUGGGAGACUGAUAUACCACUGAAGACUUCAGUUCCUAAUACCGGUAUAGCUGAAAUCACAAUACCAGAAUACCAAGUUGUUGAUCAAACUUUGCUACGAUUAAGUCUUAUCAAAGUGUCCUUAAGCACUGCCAAUGUAAAUGGACAGGAGUUAACUUUUCCUUCAUCUGCACUAGGAAAAAUAUCACGCUUCAAGUUAACAUUUAUUAUUAAAGUUGUUGUAUCUGAUAUAUUAAAAAGAGUAGCUUGUAGUAUUUGGCAGAAGACAGAUGGCGGUGUGAACAAUAACAGAUUACCACCUUGCCCCUGUAACCUAGCACAAAUGAAUAGUGAUCUAGACCGUUAUACUAAAGAGAGACCACAUCAAUUUUAUCAAAGCAAAAACUUUUUCAGAAAGACUAAAGCAGCAAGCUGCUACAGACAAUCAGAUGUUGGAUCUUUUAGCAACAGCCAGCAGUGCUGUUAUGACAGUGAUGGUCAGUUAUUAACUGGUAUUGGUGGAGGAUCUGCUUACAGUGUAUAUCCUAAUAAUUGGAGAUCAACCAUUGGUCAUAUGUUGAAUGACAUUGGGCCUUUCUAUUUGUGUUGUUAUGGCACUCAUAAAUCAUGCAAGCACUAUUAUGAUCGAAGACCAAAUGACAACUGUGCUGAAUGGCCACGCAGACCACCUCCAGGGAUUAUUGAUGACCCCAGUGAUAGUAUCUUUACAUACAGUCAGUCUGGUAGCUGGAAUGCUUUUUAUGAACCAGAAUACACUCCAUUGUUUGAAGCAAAGUUUAAUGACCCAGAGCUAGAAGAAGAAGCAAUAAAGUUGUGUGGUGAUGAUAAGUUGUGCUUGUUUGAUGUUGCUGCUACUGGUGACUUAAGUAUUGGUGAGGCUACAAAAGAAACAGGAGAGGAUCUACAAAGUUUAGAAGAAAUAUUUCAACCAACUGUUUGUGAUCCUCCAUGCGCCAAUGGAGCAUGUGUUGGUAACAAUAGUUGCUUCUGUUCUGAAGGAUAUCAAGGAAUAGCUUGCGAUCAAUCAGUACUCUAUGAAUGUGAGGAGAACAUUUGUGUGAAUGGAGGGACUUGUAGUUUGAUUGCUGGAGACACUGUAUGCAGUUGUUUAGAUGGAUAUACAGGAAUUAAUUGUGAGGAUUUAAUUUCAACAUCAAGCCCAACAUCAUCUCCUUCUGUAACACCAGUAGCACCAGCCUCAUUGUCUGAGAUUCUUGUGAUAGCUGUUGCUGUCGUCACUUUUAUUGUUGCAGUGAUUGUUUUUAUACUGGUGGCAAUAUUCUGCAUACAAAGAAUGAAAAGAGAUGUAAAGAAUCCUCCUCACUCCCCACCAACAAAACCUUUGCCUCUAAAUGAUGAUCCCGAACCUGAACCUGAAGUGUAUGAAUUAGAUUGGCGUUCUGAAGGACAAUGA